CGGCCACAUUUUCUCAUCUCAAUCAUACAUAGACCCAUAAGGACAGCUAAGACCAUGGCUCAAAAUAAUGCAGCGCCUUUUGCGGGAUCAAGCUCCUCAACUCCAUCGAUGGCCCACCCUACUCCCGCCAGUUCUUCUUCGGGCUUGAUUCCGGGUGUGACUCGGAAGCAGAACAUUGCCUGCGAUCAAUGCCGGUCAAGAAAGAUCAGGUGUUUGAGAGCUGAUAAGAAGGAUGUGUGUGAACAAUGUAAAUCCAAAGGCACUGAGUGUACCAGUAAUUAUAUCGAAGCCCUGGCAGAGAAGAAGAAGAAAGCAGACGAAGAACAUCUCAGCAGCUCUCGUAGGAAGAGGAGAAGAAAAAGCAACCAAGAUCAAAGUCAAUCUCAACCACCACCGGUACCACUGAGUUCUGCUUCGUGUUCGGUUCGCCCAGAGCUAGAACGGCACAUCAGCAACGAAAGCCGGGAUAGCGAAGCAUCUUCUACCCCCAAGAUGGAUCACAGUGGGAUGCAGUCCCCUGCGAUGGGCAUCGCAUCAAGUAUGGCUGGGGAUGGAGUUGAUCCGGAUAAGCUUCAUCGGGUGCAAGCCGCUCAGCAUGUCAGGGAGAAUGCCAGUGCCAUAGCAGACUCCCUCCACCUACUGGCGAACCUAAGAUCUACCCAAAAUUUAUCCCUCAAUCUUCCUUUACCACUCCCACUAUCUCUUCCUAAUCACCCGCCACCGCAACCACCACCAUUUCUCACUCCUGGUGAGAAGCAGCAUGACCUUAUUCGCUAUCUCCUCUCUCCUUAUCCCAUUCUCACUCCCGUAUUGGGAUAUUCCGAUGUAGCCAGUAUUGAAUCUUGCAAGCGCGGCGAAAGCGAUUUAUGGGAAGAAAUGGGAGGCAAGGUCUGGGAAGAAGAACCGAGUGAGGUGCAUAAGAGUCUGGAAGCAGACGAACUUACCAAACUGGCCGAUGACCUAAUCGACUCGUUCUUUUCCGUAGCACACAUUCGUAAUCCAUGUUACGAUCCGCCUACAUUCCGUGCACGCCUCUACACACCCAACACCCACCCUCAAGGCCCUAUCUCCCAUCCUAUCCUCGCUACUGCUCUCGCAUGGGGAGCUCGUUUUUCUGAUCAUCCUGUUAUCCAACGAGAUAGAGAUGAGUGCUCUCAACGCCGCAGCGAUGGUGAGGAACAUGGAGUUCGGGAAAAGGGCAGGGGUAUGAAGAGGAGUCGGUUAGUGCAGAUGGCUGUGAUCCGGGCAAGGGAAGUGUGUGAAAUGUGCAGGAUCUGGAGGAUACCGAGUAUAGAUAAUAUCAAAGCUUUGGUCAACCUCGAAGGCUUGCUGGGCCAGGUUCUCGUCAAGAAAAACAACUAUCAAGCGGUCUAUGCCACUGCCGCUGUUAAACACCUCUUAUCGAUGGGAUAUAACUCCACACGAGCAAUCCUCACUAUUCCCGACGAGAAAGAACGGACAGAUAUUGUCUUGAUAUGGUGGAUCCUCAUCGUUACUGAUAGUUAUCGGUCCGUAUUCUAUCGGAUAAAACCUUGUUUAUUAGACGAUGACUAUGAUCUCGAACCUCCUGGGAAUACGGCAAAUCUCUUAAACUUUACCCCAGUAAGCCUUUCUGAGCCAAACCAAGCAAUCCUAUGGUUCUCCGCCGCCCAAUCCGCCGCCUCCAUGUGUCGCGCCCUCUCCCUCCGCCUUUGCUCUCCCCAUCUCCAAACUUCCGGUAUCCCAUUAUCCCUCCUCCGCACAUUCAUCCACUCUGCCUCUGUCUGGCGGACAAACUACCUUUCAAAAUUGGGCGUCCCACCCGUUUGGCCCGAAAGCUGGGAUUUUCUCCAAGCUAUUGCGGCAUGUUCGGCAGACGUUUCGCAUCAUGCUCUGUGGCUUGUGCUUUAUCGCGCGCUAGAAGAGUCGGGGGUUGAGGAAGAGAGGAAAGGCGCGAUGGAAAUGGGAGGUGUAGGGAUGGGGAUAGGGGUUGAAGUGGAAAGUGUGAAGAGGAGGAUAAAGGAAGAGAGUGAACAUGCGGCAUUGAGGAUCGCGGCGCUGGUUGCUGUAUUGGCAGAGAAUGAAUAUUUGAGUCUAGAUCCGCUCAGUAUCCACCAUCCAAUAUAUGAAGCGGGCCUACAUUUAGCCCAACGCGGACGGGGGGAAUGUCUGGCCUGUGUAGUCGGGCUGAAGCAAUACGCAAUCACGUUCCCUGCCACGUGGGACAAUGCUGAGGAACUUGAAAAUAUUUACGCAGACAGUCAGCAGGGCGAUCCACGACUCGAUAGCCGAUUUCAAUCGAGGGCCCAUAAUGUUUCCAUGAAUGUCGUGUCGAAUGGCGAGACAGCAAGCAGCCUUACGGGAACUGGAUCCGCCUCCGCCGAGCCAGCCGCUAUGCCGUCGAUUGAGGAGCAGAUGUGGCAAGGAGAAAACAUGUGGCAUUUGUAGCGAGUAGUUGCCGGAACAAUUCGAUGUAUUUAGACUGUGCCACGUGAAGACCGCUGCUCGACAAAUGAUAAUAAUUAGCGCGAAUGAUC